AUGGAUGUCCUGCACAAAUUCGUAAAGUUAUGUGCGGAGAAGAAAUCUGCUAUCGGUUACGGUGUCUUGACACUUAUGACGGCAGGUGGCCAGCAGGUGUUUUCUCUAGUUGUUUUUCAGUGUCCAUGCACUGAGCAGAACUUUGUCUAUGGAUCUGUUUUUCUCUUCGCUCCGGCAGUAGUUCUCUUGAUCAUAGGUUAUUUCAUGAACAGCAGGACAUGGAAAUGUUUUACAGGAUGCUGUCUCAACCCAAAGAAGAUGUGCCCCGACAGGAAUCGCUGUCAAGGUCUUCAUGUUUUUCUUCAGCUCUCACUCAAUGCGCUCAUAGUUCCUGUGAUGUGGAUUUCUGUAGCCUUGCUUCGCGGAUCCUUUUAUGUAUGUGCUAUGAGUGGAUGGCAGAACCCAGAGUAUGUACAGUUUCUGUGUAAGAACAAGUCUGAACACUGCCAGACAGAGCUAUACAAAGUGACAUGUGGGAAAGCAUCAAUGCCUUUCACCGAUGCUCAGGAAAUCGUGCUGCUUCUACAAGCCCAGUCUCAGGUCAUAGGAUGGUGUCUCAUAGCAGUGACAGCCAUGGGAUCUCUUCUAUACAACUGUUGGUCUAGUUGUCACUCAAAAGUAAGUUCUGUACAAUUGUCGUUCUGGAGAACCUACAUUAACAAAGAAAAGGAGAAGUUUGAUGAAUUGGCUCAGGAGUUUGCCACCAAACUUGCCGAAAGGAACCUGAGAAGCUUCUUUGAGAACAAAGAACCAAUGGAGUUUGAAUUGCCCAGUAACAAGGAUUGGGAGAAGGUCUCCUCAUUAUAUACUUUCAAUCCAGAACACCAGUUCUAUAGUACUCUUCACAGAUUUGUUGAACAUGGAGAUAAUUUCAGUGAAAAAGAAGCUAUGAUGGACUUUGUAGAGGCACAAGUAUGAAAAAACUAUUGUUUGGGUAAUCAGGAGAGGUGAUAGCUAUUGUAUUAUUAGGAAAAAAAUUACAUUUUAUAUAGUAGAAUUUAGAAAUGAUCUGAGUGCUUUUGGACAAAUUUCAAGACAUACUAUGUGACAUAUACUGUAGUACCCUGAGACUUGCAUGUCAAUAGUGUGAGACUCUGGUUUCCACCUGUGCCCCGUUCAUAUCUUCAUAAUCCAGUCUAACAAUGUUGAUAGUAAUACAUGCACGAAAAUAAUUACUCCUGUGUC